CUCCCCUGCAAUUUCCUCCCAGCUGCUUCCUGUUGCCCGCGUUCCCCCUGCCCCCCCACGUGCUCCUUCCCUCUCUCCUCCUUGGGGGGGGGCUGGGAACUCCCCCCUGCUCUGCCCCUCCCCGUCACACCCCUCCUCGCCCCGCCGGGCAACACGCUGCCGGGCCCAGGCAGCCGAGCUCCCCCCGCCAUGGUGAACCCCGACAGGUGGAUGCCAGAAAUAAGAAUGUCUAAGCCACUGGAGCUGGAGAAGGCACGAGUGGAGCCACAUGGGGAGCACACAGACACAGAACGAAACGGUCCCGACACAAACCACCAGACCCAGCAGAACAAACCAGCCCCAUUCUCCCCGGCCCCCACCGGCCCCAGCCCCAAGAUCAAGGCGGAGGACCCCACGCCCUGCCUCCAGCUCCAGCACCGGCCCCCCCCGGCCCAGCAGCCGCACCUGCCCCAGGCCCAGCUCAUGUUAGCCGGCAGCCAGCUGGCCGGGCUGACGGCCCUGAUGCCCGCCCAGCAGCAGCUCCUCCUGCAGCAGGCUCAGGCACAGCUCCUGGCGGCCGCCGUGCAGCAAUCCAACGCGGCCGCUGCAGCCAACGCCGCCAGCCAGCCGCCGGGGGGCGAGGCGCCCCAGAGCCAGCCGCAAACGCCCCAGCUGGCUCUGUCGCAGCCCAUCCAGCUCACCGCGCAGGACAUCCAGCAGCUCCUUCAGCUCCAGCAGCUGGUGCUUGUCCCUGGGCACCAUCUCCAGCCGCCCGCCCAGUUCCUACUGCCACAGGCCCAGCAAGGACAGCAAGGGCUGCUCCCGACACCAAAUCUCUUUCAGCUACCUCAGCAAAGCCGGGGGGGCUCCUGCCAACCCCCCCCCCGCGCCGGGCUGCCUGCACAGCCAGUGACUCGGCCGGGUCUCCCCGAGUCCCACCUCGCGCACCCCCAGCCCCCGAAAUGCCUGGAGCCGCCGGCGCACCCCGAGGAGCCCAGCGACCUGGAGGAACUGGAGCAGUUCGCCCGCACCUUCAAACAGCGACGCAUCAAGCUUGGCUUCACGCAGGGCGACGUAGGGCUGGCCAUGGGGAAACUCUAUGGCAACGACUUCAGCCAGACGACCAUCUCCCGCUUCGAGGCCCUGAACCUCAGCUUCAAGAACAUGUGCAAGCUCAAGCCGCUGCUGGAGAAGUGGCUGAAUGACGCUGAGACCAUGUCGGUGGACUCGACCCUCCCCAGCCCCAACCAGCUGAGCAGCCCCAGCCUGGGGUUUGACGGGCUGCCAGGCCGGCGCCGCAAGAAACGCACCAGCAUCGAGACCAACGUGCGCUUCGCCCUGGAGAAGAGCUUUCUCGCGAACCAGAAGCCUACCUCAGAGGAGAUCCUGCUGAUCGCAGAGCAGCUGAACAUGGAGAAGGAGGUGAUCCGUGUCUGGUUCUGCAACCGCCGCCAGAAGGAGAAACGCAUCAACCCCUGCAGCAGCACCCCCAUGCUGCCCGCCCAGGGCAAGCCCCCCGGGUACGGCCCGCACAUGGUGACGAGUCCGGGCCCCGGCGUGAGUCUCCCGCUCUCCCAGGCCUCCAGCAGUCUGAGCACAACAGUGACUACCUUAUCCUCGGCGGUCGGCUCCCUGACCCCCAGCCGGACGGGGGCGGGCGGGGGGCCCCCCGCCAUCAAUUCCGCCACGCCGCCCCCCACCAACAACACCAACCCCAGCCCCCAGACCAGCAGCCACGCGGCCAUCAGCCUGUCGGGCCUGAAUCCCAGCACGGGAAGCACAGUGCUAGGGGUGAACGCGGGGUUAAACCCGGCGCUAAUGGCCACCAACCCGCUGGCCACCAUCCAAGCGUUGGCCAGUGGUGGAACCCUGCCCAUUACCAGUCUUGACGCCAGCGGUAACUUGGUCCUGGGCACUACGGCCAGCACCCCGGGGAGCCAGAGCAUUGUCACCUCGCCGCUCUUCCUGAACCACGCAGGGCUGCCCCUGCUGAGUGCCACCCCGGGGGGAGUGGGGCUGGUCUCGGCCGCCGUGGCCGCCUCCCUGUCCAGCAAAUCCCCCAGCCUCACCUCCUCCUCCUCCUCCUCCUCCUCCUCCACCUGCUCCUCUUGCAGCUCCUCCAGCGAGGCGGCCGGGCCGCCCCCGGGCCACGCCGGGCUGGCAGCCUCCGAGCCGGACAGCAAGACAGAGUGAGGGGCGGCAGGGCGCUGCCCGCCGGUGCCGCAGAAGGAGGGAAGGCGGCAAGAGACGCGUGAAAGCAAAACAAAACUAUCAGCAGCAGCCAAAUGAAGAAAUCAACCAAAAAUAACCCAAAGUAGCCGAACCAAGGGACAAGAGCCGGAGAAACCAAAACUGAAUUCCCCCGGCAUUGGCGAUUCGUGGCCGUGCUUUGAAUUUCUUAUUCCCUCCGACACACGCCCAAGAAACAGUCCUGGCCGCAGUCUGUCGUGGGAGCUGCUGCUUUCCCCAGAGCCCCAGCUCCUGGGGUCACGACGCUGGAGCAGAAUUGGAACUUUCCUCGAGGAAGCGAGGGGAAAAAAUCAGAUCUCCAGCUCUGAUGGGCCUGGAGAAAAUCUUGCGGCUCAUGACGCCGAAGGCGCCGAAAGCAGAAGGCAAAGAACCCAGAUUGGAUUGCGGUGUUUUGUUUUGUUUUGUUUCAUUUGAGAUCUCGUUUUUUCAAUGGCAAUCUCGCCUUUUAUUUACCGUUUGUUGAAAGCUGGGGGCUGGCCAGACGGGUGACUCAAGUCACUCUUCGGCCAGCGGAGUUGGUUUUUGGAAUUCCUUUUAUUUGAUUUUUCUCUGAGUGUUUCUUGGACAUUUUUUGGGGGGAAACAUAAGAAAAAAUAGGUGGGUUUUUUUGAUUGCACAGGAAGAAGAAAUAGGGGAAAUAAUAUGAAAAAAAAAAAUCUCACACCAAAAAACCCCAACCCAUGACCAGUCCUAGCUUCACCCAAAGGCUUUUUACAAACUUUUCUAACCUCUGUGUCCGGUCGA